GCUGCGCAGAGCUUCCUGGGAGUUGGAGUGCGUCUAAUGCUUGGUAGGUUGGCUCCUGCGGGGCGGACAGGAGAAAGGCUUGCAGGUUUCCAAACCGCCGGUCGGCUAGGAAACAGUCGCGGCAAGGAUUCCCGUUACAUUGAUGGCGACUUAUAGCUUGGCGAACGAGCGGCUGCGUGCCUUGGAGGAUAUCGAACGGGAAAUCGGGACUAUCCUGCAGAGCGCCGGAAACGUGAUCCUGGAGCUGUCCAAGGAGAAGGCAAACGAACGGCUGCUGGACCGGCAGGCGGCAGCCUUCACCUCCUCCGUGCAGCACGUGGAGGCCGAACUGUCAGCCCAGAUCCGGUACCUGACCCAGGUAGCAACUGGCCAGCCUCAUGAGGGUUCCAGCUACUCAUCAAGAAAGGACUGCCAGAUGGCACUGAAAAGAGUAGAUUAUGCUCGAUUGAAACUCAAUGAACUGGCACGAACCUGUGAACUGGUGCUAGAGACCUAAAGCAGACCAGAGGCUCUUCAUUUUCCUUCUUCCAUAUUUCUAUUGUCUUGGACAAAGCCAGAGAAGUCAUUCAAGCCAUGCUACUGCGUGAGGAGGAUGUAGGGUCCCACAGACUUCACCAUUAAGAAAAUCCAUGGGAAAGAAACAAGAUAUGGCUUGCUUCACCCAAGAACUCUGCACAAAUUACUCUCUUUAACCAAAACUCAGAGAUUCUAACAUACAACUUCUUUCUCCCACCCUACAUUUCCAUUUUCCCAUGAUACUUUGGGUUCAUCUUGAAGCCACUUCGGUCCAGCUCAAACACACAAAAUGGGAGAGAAGACCUGACUUUUAAUAAACAAGAUAAGCCUA